UUUGUCUACUUCGUCGGGAGCUUUUGCAGUGACCUAGUUUGGCCGGGAAUUCCGUAUGUUUUUGGAGUUAUGAAGUGCUCUAGUGAUGAGGGUGAUUGCAAGAGUCAUGAUGACAGGGAAAUAACGACAGAAUAUUUAGAGAAGUUUUCAAAAAUGGUGCAAGGCGCGUCAGUUAUUGCUAACAGGUUGUCAUCCAGCGAACUCUUAUCAGCCUUUCAAAUUUCAUUUCAUUUGAUGGAGAAAAUUAGUGAUGUAAUGCUUAGUGUAUGCACAUCCAGGGGCGAUUCUGAUGAACGUACAAGCCCACAGACCACAUGGAAGUAUCCUAAUUAUUCACGUUGCAUGACAAACGACGACUCGCCGAUUGGCGUCUGCUCCAUGAAAACACAGUCAACAAGUGAAAAUGGAGAUUGUGAAGCUGACCAACAAGAAUCGCAACUUAAGGUAAUCAUCGGAGAAGAACAAAACUUCUGCUAUUCCAAUGUUGCCUCCAGUAAGAAUGAUAACUCGACGGAAUUUUUUGAGAAACUUACUCCAGGAAAUGAAAAUCACAUUCCAAACAACUCUUCGAACAAAUGUCUUUCUUCUCCUGUCACAAAUGAUGGGUCUAGCGUACUUGAUAUUGAUGAGAACUAUUCAUCUACUGAUAAAUGCGGAAUCUCUGCAACAUCUAGAGUAAGUGAUGAUGAAACGAAAUCAACAAACUCAGAAAAUAAUUCCAAAGCUCAUCUUAAAAGACAAACUGUAACAAAGACUGGGGAUGACAGACAGUAUGAAUAUGGACAUGCUGCACCUUCAGAAGUCACAAACCAGAACAAUUUUGAUUUAAACAGUUCUCAAACGACAAAUAAAUUUCAUAUUGAUACAAAACGAUGGCGCUUAACUAGUGCGGAUAAACUAAACACACUUAUUGAUGAAUGUGAACGUCAAAUAAACGGUCGGAAGUUAUAUGUUUGUAAGUUUUGUGGGAAAAUAUACGAGAUUAAAAGUAGCAUGCGGUACCACAUGAAAAUUAUUCAUCUUCAAAUGCAUUUAAGAACUACAGAAAUGCAGUGUCGUAUAUGUGGUAAACAGUUUACUUGUGUUAGUGCUGUCAAUCGUCACCAGUCGAAAUGUAUUCUGUCCUCGUUGGCGGAGUCCAGAAUGCAAAAGAAUACCUCUAAUCAGUUCAUCACUAGUCCUACAGCAUCAAUGGCGGAAGCUGAAACUAACUGUCAUAUCCCUUUGAAUUCGUUUACUCCCCAAACAAUUGACAACUGCAAAAUAAAUUCAGAUUUAAAUCAUGCCUUACCCUUUUCAGAUUCAAAUGCAAUUUUAGGAUCACUGAACUCUUCAGAACUACAAAAUGUUAACUUUCAGAGUGCAUUUCGUGUUCCAGAGGUGUGCACAGUUAUAAAUCAACCAGUCCCCGCAGGUAAUAAUUUACAAACGGGCUUGGAUGUUAAAAACUUGGUUCCACAGUCGCAUUUUCUUGGAUUUCCUAAUAAAUUCGAAAAAGGUGAUCCUAAAGAUUUUAAUUUUCCGUCUGCAUCAUGCAAUAUACUACCAUUUUUGAGCCCUGCUAAUAAUAAUUCAAUGGAUUCGCUCAAUCCCCAGGGUAAUUCUUCAAUAUGGCCUUCAAUGUCUACUUUAGGAAGUAACUUUCCUGAACUUACCCCUGAACAAAUUGAUAUUUGCAUGAAAGCGGUGUUUCACGGGAUUUGUUCAACUGUAGUAGUAGAACAAUGUACUACUAACAAUAAUACCACCAAUCAAGAUUCUAAUAUAUCAAGUCAAACUUCUUCGGAAGGUGGUACUUUAAAAAUUGAAGAAACACAAUGGGAGGAACCAAGUAAAAGAGUUACUGAGACACAAAGAGGUUUAACUACACAAAAAGGUGAAAUGGCUAUAGAUUUAUCCUCACGUCCAAGAUCAGCUUCACUUAUGAUUGAAUCAUUUUAAAUUUUUACUCUAUUUCGUAGAUGGCAUUUACUAACUGUGGAAUCUCUCUUAAACCAAGUGAUCUCUUUAUCAUGCAUGUAUUGCAUCAACUUUUUUCGUCAAGAGUGUGCCUUUUCCUAUGCCUCCAUUUUCGUGUAGUAUCGCUUAAGAGUGCCUUACAUCUCCUUUGAAUUCCUAUAUAUAUAUAUAUAUAUAUAUAUAUAUAUAUCCACUCAAUAAAAAUUCAGAGCAAUUUUUCUAAAUUGCAUAAAAAUGAUGCAAAACUAGGGAAUCAAUUUUUUUUCCAGCGUGUUGUUGUUACCUUCACACUGUUCUUUGUUCAUUCUUUUUUAAACCUGUUGGAAACACUAACAUUUUAUCGCUAGAAUUGUUGUUGUUUUUGUUGUUGUUGUUUUGUUUGGUUUUCGUUGUUUUCCCACUGUUCAAACACCCCGGUCGAAUUUCCAGUGUUUUCAUCGAAAUUUUGAAAUCUUUCAUCCACCUAUUCGUAAUAUGUUAGGAAUUUUAAUAGUUGAUAAAGCAUUGUUUUAUUGUUGUUUAUUGGUCCAGUGUACACCAUUGUUAUAUAAUGCGACACUUUGCACAUAUAUAUAUAUAUAUAUAUAUA